UCAUCCGCAACUCUAUCAUUAUCUUCGUUUUAAUUCCCCCUUCCGUUUCCCACCUACUCCUUUUCCUCUUCGUCCUUCUCCUCCGACGACACCAUCUCACCUUUCCCAAUCCUUCAAAACCCUAUCUCUCCGAAUCCCUCCGAACCCUAUAUUUGGAUAUCAAAUCCCCUCAAUUCCCCGCCAUUCCAAUCUCGGGGUUCCGGAGUAGCGUCGGAUUCGGGAGAUUACGGUAAUUCGCGGUCUAGGGUUUCGGAAUCCGAUGAGAUGGCGAAGCCUAAGGAGGAGCAAGGCGGCGGAAGCGGCGGCGGCUCCAAUUCCGCGGCGGCGUCGUGGUCGAAGUCGGUGUGCGAGACGGUGAACGGAUCGCACUGCUACACGGUGAAGGGAUUCACGCUGGCCAAGGGGAUGGGGACGGGGAAGUACAUGGCGAGCGAUACGUUCACCGUGGGUGGGUACGAGUGGGCGGUGUACUUCUACCCCGACGGGAAGAACCCCGAGGACAACGCGCAGUACGUGUCCGUGUUCAUCGCGCUCGCGAGCGAGGGCACGGACGUGCGGGCGCUGUUCGAGCUCACGCUGCUCGAUCAGAGCGGUAAGGGGAAGCACAAGGUGCACAGCCACUUCGAUCGGGCCCUCGAAGGAGGGCCCUACACCCUCAAGUAUCGCGGGAGCAUGUGGGGUUACAAGCGGUUUUACAGAAGAGCAUCAUUAGAAACAUCAGAUUAUUUAAAGGAUGAUUGUCUAAUCAUGAACUGCACAGUGGGUGUUGUUAGGAAUCGCAUUGAAACACCAAGGCUCUUUACCAUUCCUGUCCCACCACCUGAUUUGGGAAACUGCCUUAUGGAACUACUGAAAUCUGGUAUUGGUUCUGACAUAGUCUUUGAAGUUGUCGACGAAAUGUUCAGAGCUCAUAAGCAGGUUCUUGCUGCUCGUUCUCCAGUAUUCAAAGCCCAAUUUUUUGGUCCUAUUGGAAACCCUAAUCUGGAGAAAGUUGUUGUAGAGGAUGUGGAACCUCUUGUUUUUAAGGCCAUGCUUUAUUUUAUCUAUUCAGAUGAACUUCCGAGUCUUCAUGAGCUGGCUGGAUCAGUUUCAAUGUGCACAUCAACCAUAAUAGUGCAACAUUUGUUAGCAGCAGCUGAUAGAUAUGGGUUGGAGCGUCUUAGGCUUUUAUGUGAAGCAAAGCUAUGUGAAGAGGUCACUGCUGAUACAGUAGCAACAACCUUAGCCUUAGCUGAGCAACACCAGUGUGCUCAGUUGAAGUCCGUCUGCCUAAAAUUUACUGCGGCUCGAGAAAAUUUGGGAGUUGUCAUGCAGAGUGAAGGUUUUAAUUACUUGGAGGAAACGUGCCCAUCUCUACUCUCUGACUUAUUGGCCACUGUUGCUGUAGUGGAUGAUGAUCCCUCAUCAUUUUGCCGGAAAAGGAGUGGCAGCAGCAAUCUAGGACUGAAUUUAAUGGAUGGUGUGGAUCUUAGCGGAAGGCGAAUGCGGAGGCGGAUGUAGAUGUUCCCCAUCUCUGGAAAAAAAAAAAGGAUCAGGUCCUAUUUGUGGUGCAGCAUCUUGCUUCCUCCUACACAUCAGAUCUUACUUGUGUAAUCUUAAUGUUUGAUGUUGUGCGGCGAAGUGGCAUUGCUAAUUUGAUUUGAUCUUUUAGUAACUUGUGAAUAAUUAUAUCUUAUUUCUGAGCUGGCUUUAACCCUCUUUGUUAUUUUACUCGCAAAGCCGAUGCUAGAAAACCGUUGCAUGUUCCAUAAAGUAAUUGUUUUGGUGUUUUUGCUGAUACAGAUUGCAGUUGCAAGCCCGAAAAAGCUAAUAGCCACCGAUUGCUCUGCCAUCUUUGGUUCUAUUGGGUGAGCCUCCUACUGUGGUCUCUAUGUAUUAGCUAAGGUUUUUAUUGUUAUUGCCCUUCUAGCGACGAAGGUCUGUGUAUUACGAAAAGAGAUUUUGUUCCAGAGUAUUUGCGGUCAACAGUGAAUAACAGCAAUGAAUAUCAGGUUGAUGCCUUCUUAUUUGUGGUGGCAUUAUUGGAAA